AUGAGUGUAGAGGACGGGGGUCUGCGAGGCCUGGGCCGUCCCAGGCAGGCCCGCUGGACGCUGAUGCUACUCCUGUCCACUACCAUGUAUGGUGCCCAUGCCCCACUGCUGGCCCUGUGCCAUGUGGAAGGCCGCGUGCCCUUCCGGCCCUCCUCAGCUGUGCUGCUGACGGAGCUGACCAAGCUGCUCCUAUGCGCCUUCUCCCUCCUGGUGGGCUGGCAGGCAUGGCCCCGGGGGGCUCCACCCUGGCGCCAGGCUGCCCCCUUUGCUCUAUCAGCCCUGCUCUACGGCGCAAACAACAACCUGGUGAUCUACCUGCAGCGGUACAUGGACCCCAGCACCUACCAGGUGCUGAGCAAUCUCAAGAUUGGAAGCACAGCCUUGUUCUACUGUCUCUGCCUCCGGCGCCGCCUCUCUGCACGCCAGGGCUUGGCCCUGCUGCUGCUCAUGGCAGCGGGGGCCUGCUAUGCGGCAGGGGGCCUCCAGGACCCUGGCAGCACCCCAGCUGGGUCCCCUGCAGCAGCAGCCGCAAGCCCCAUGCUCCUGCACAUCACUCCACUGGGACUGCUGCUUCUCGUCCUGUACUGCCUCGUCUCCGGCCUGUCCUCCGUGUACACAGAAAUGCUCAUGAAGCGCCAGCGGCUGCCCUUGGCCCUUCAGAAUCUCUUCCUCUACACUUUCGGCGUGCUUCUAAACCUCGGCCUGCAUGCAAGCAGUGGCCCGGGCCCCGGCCUCCUGGAGGGUUUCUCGGGCUGGGCAGCACUCGUGGUGCUGAGCCAGGCCGUCAACGGACUGGUCAUGUCAGCCGUCAUGAAGCACGGCAGUAGCAUCACACGCCUCUUCGUUGUGUCCUGCUCGCUGGUGGUCAACGCUGUGCUCUCAGCAGCCCUGCUGCGGCUGCAGCUCACGGCGGCCUUCUUCCUGGCCACGCUGCUCAUUGGCCUGGCCGUGCGCCUGUACUAUGGCAGCCACUAGCUCCUGACCCCUGACUCCUGACUCCUGACCCUGUCCAUUGGGGGGCCCCUCUCCUCUCAGCAGCCCUGUAACAAGUGCCUUGUGAGAAAAGCUGGGGGUGUGAGAGCAGUCAAGUUAGUCUCGAGAGGCAGGUGGAGGAAGGGGCGCCCCUGGGAGACUUGAGUUGGUUUGGCUAAGGAAAUGACCCCUACCACACACACACAUACACACACACACACAGAAAUAACCCCUAAACAUGCACACACACACACACACAUGGAAAUGACCCCUACCACAUACACAAACAUGCACACACACACACACACACACACACACACACAGUCUUCAGACCCAGGAACUGCAGGAGCAUGAAUACCUGAGGAGUGGCCCUGGCCCCAGCAGAGGAGGCUCCCAGCUCCUCCUGCAAAGAUGGAGUUGGGAGUGGACACAGCUGGUUCUCCUGGCCGCCUCUGGUUCUGUGGUCAUCCUAGCGGCCCCAGCACCUGGGUGCUGGCUGCUCCAGCCCAGCUGUGGUGCAUGCUACCCCUUAAGGGAUCCUCACUCCCACUGUCCUGCAGGGAAGCCCAAUUGCCAGAUUAUACGCCUAUCUCCCAGGCCCCUCUGCCAAGCUGCCCUACUUCCGUGAGCGCCUGGAGACUGCCCCUAUCGCCUUCACAGUGCUGCUCCACUCCCAGCCUUCUAGAACCCCUGGGAGGGCUGGGGCUUGAUUCAUCUCAGGGAUUGUUGCCCCUGGGCUCUGACUUAAGCCUAUACCCCUGACCUCUCUGCUUACCCCAGGUCCCACUGCCCCUCUACGGCUCCUAGGAGGCUCCAUCCUUCCCAUUCUGGGACCUGGCCCUGCCCAACAGCGUCCCAGCUCCCAGCAGCCCUACGAAACUCCAUACAAGUGACCUGGGAGCAGGAGCAGAGAAUUGUGUGUAUUUCAAUCAGUGUCUCUAAUGGGAGAGCAAUAAGGUCUUAAUAAAGUGUUCCUAUAUC